CUGCAGUAGAUGUUUUUGGGAGGUUCACCUAUGUGCUGGCUGGAUGGGAGGGCACAGCUCAUGAUGCUACUGUCUUAAAAGAUGCAUUAGAAAGACCCAAUGGCCUUCGUAUACCAACAGUGUUGCAGGAAUGGAUGGUGAGGUUGUUGUGGUUGCUGAAGGCCGUGGUGGUACGGUCACGUGGACUUCUGUCAUGACAACUUUCAUGUUGAAGCAUAUGACUGCACAUGUGGAAACUGGUGCAAGGACUUCUGCAGGCUUCAAGAGUAUGCACUACAAUGGUUGUGCAAGGGCAUUGAAUGACCACUUUAAGCAAUCCUUGUAUGGACAUCAGAUAAGCAACCACUACAGGACUGUUAAGAAGAAAUUUGUGAAGAUUAAGAAUAUCAAGGAUGAAGGCUCAGGGGCUGGAUGGGAUGAUGCUACGUCCACUCUAAGGAUGGACCAUGACAUGGCUUUGAAGUACAUCGAUAAACACAAGUGGUCAGCUGAGUACAUAGACAAGCCAAUUGAGAAUUACUAUGAGAUGCAAACUUGUUUUGGUGACCGCUUGGCAACUGUCAAGUAUGCUAAAGGGUCAUCCGAACCACUUGGGACUGCUACAACCCCAUUGGAAGUUGAUGAAGAGGAAGAUGUUUUAGGUCCACAAUCUAACAUUGGCUCCUCUGCUACAAAGUCACUGAAGAGAGCAAAGAAGGAAGAAGGUGAGGAGGAAAGUCUCAUUUCCACUCUUAGGGGUGUAGGUACUGACCUUGCAAAUGCUAUUGCCAAAGCUGGUGCCAAUGGAAAUGACAUACCUGAUGGUUUGUAUGAAACCUUGUGUGGAUUGGAAGGCUACAAUGAGGAUCAUGUUGCUCAGUAUUAUGGGUUUUUGGUUGAUCAUCCGAAAAAAGCAAGAGGUUUCAUGACACAAAGGGCAGUUGAACUGGAUGGCUCGGUACAUCAAGAAGGAGUACACUGAUUAGGCUUAUGAGUAGGAUGUGAGGUCAGCUUUAAGAAAAGAGGGACAGGGGGUUAUGUUUGUUUCUGACGGCCUGAUGUAAGGAUCUAUCAAUUUCUUUUGUCAAUUAUGCUUAUAAUGUGUACUGUUCGGUUCAGUUUGGGGGAUGCACAUUACUGAUAACCCUAUUAUGUAGUCCAUACUUUGUUUUUCUGAUAUCCCUAUCAUUCUGCGGAUUAUGUAGUCCAUACUUUGUUUUGCUGCUUCUGCGGAUUCAAAUAUAUGUUCAGUUUCAAAGCAA